CUCCACUCAUCCACUCCUUUAAAAAUCUCAAAGCCGCUUCUUUAUGUCCCUUUCCCUCCCCCAAUUUUGAACCACAAAGCAAGCAAGAAAGCAAGAAAAUCAAAAGCAUAAACCCCAUCGCUAACAAACUCACAGCAAAAGCGCACGAGAUGUUCAAAAUCUUUAGAGGAAGAGAUACCACCGCCGACUCCUCACCGCAGUCAUCCUACUCGCCUUCGUCUUCGUCCUCCUUGUCGCCGUCCCCGUCGUCUCCUCCUGUCACCGGACCGGCGAGGCCGAUCCGACUUGUUUACUAUGAUGAGAAAGGGAAGUUCCGGAUGGAUUCAGAAGCGGUGGCUGCUCUCCAGCUUGUUAAGGAACCAAUCGGUGUUGUUUCGGUUUGCGGUCGCUCUCGACAGGGAAAAAGCUUUAUUUUGAAUCAGCUUCUUGGCAGGAGUAGUGGAUUUCAAGUAGCUUCCACUCAUCGGCCAUGUACCAAAGGACUUUGGUUAUGGAGUGCGCCUUUAAAGAGAACUGCUCUUGAUGGAACUGAGUACAAUCUUUUACUGUUAGAUAGUGAAGGCAUAGAUGCCUUUGAUCAAACGGGGACAUACAGCACUCAGAUAUUCUCCUUAGCUGUCCUACUAUCCAGUAUGUUCAUUUACAAUCAGAUGGGUGGUAUAGAUGAAGCAGCACUUGAUCGACUCUCUCUUGUCACUCAAAUGACCAAACAUAUUCGUGUCAGAGCUUCUGGAGGAAGGAGUUCAGCUUCUGAACUUGGACAGUUCUCCCCAAUCUUUGUUUGGCUUCUAAGGGAUUUUUAUCUAGAUUUAGUAGAGGAUAACAAGAGAAUAACACCCCGUGACUAUCUAGAGCUUGCUCUAAGACCAGUUCAGGGAAGUGGAAAAGAUAUAGCUGCUAAGAACGAGAUUCGGGACUCUAUUAGAGCUCUAUUUCCAGACAGAGAAUGCUUCCCCCUUGUGCGGCCUUUGAACAAUGAAAAUGAUCUCCAGCGUAUGGAUCAAAUAUCGUUAGAUAAACUAAGGCCUGAAUUUAGAGCUGGGCUGGAUGCAUUGACAAAAUUUGUUUUUGAGAGAACAAGGCCCAAGCAAGUUGGCGCUACUGUAAUGACAGGCCCAAUCCUUGUUGGUAUUACAGAAUCUUACCUGGAGGCUCUCAAUAAUGGUGCUGUCCCAACAAUAUCUUCUUCAUGGCAGAGUGUUGAAGAAGCUGAGUGUAGGCGAGCAUAUGACACUGCUACAGAAAUUUAUAUGUCGAGUUUUGACCGUUCGAAGCCACCUGAGGAAGUUUUUUUGAGAGAAUCACAUGAUGAAGCGGUUCAAAAAUCACUGGCUGCAUUUAAUGCUGCCGCUGUGGGGAUUGGUUCAGCAAGGAAGAAGUACGAAGGGCUUCUCCAGAAAUUCUUCAGAAGAGCAUUAGAGGAUUACAAGAGGAAUGCUUUUAUGGAGGCAGACUUGAGAUGUUCAAAUGCUAUACAAAACAUGGAAAAGAGACUGAGAGCAGCCUGUCACGCUUCUGAUGCCAACAUAGAUAACAUUGUGAAAGUCCUUGAUGGUCUUCUAUCUGAAUAUGAGACAUCUUGUCAUGGCCCAGGGAAAUGGCAGAAAUUAGCAAUGUUCCUACAACAAAGUUUGGAAGGUUCAAUACUUGACCUUGCAAAGCGGCUUAAUGAUAAAAUUGGAUCCGAGAAGAGUUCUCUUAUGCUGAGAUGUCACUCAAUGGAGGAUAAAAUGGCAUUACUUCACAAGCAGCUAGAAGCUAGUGAGAAAGACAAGUCUGAAUAUAUGAAGCGCUAUGAUGAAGCUAUUAAUGAAAAGAAGAAGCUUGCUGAUGACUAUAUGAGGCGCAUAAAUGAUUUACAAAGUAAUCGCGGCUCAUUGGAUGAGAGGUGUUCUAGCUUAGUGAAAGCAUUGGAAUCUGCCAAGCAAGAAACAUCGAAUUGGAAAAGAAAACAUGAUCAAGUGUUAUCAAAGCAGAAAGCUGAUGAAGAGCAGGCAGCUUCAGAGAUUGCAAUACUCAAGUCACGGAGCAGUGCUUCUGAAGCAAGGUUGGCUGCAGCUCAUGAACAAACAAGGUCAGCUGAAGAAGAUGCAGCAGAGUGGAAACGGAAGUAUGACAUUGCUGUAAGAGAGACAAAAGCUGCUCUAGAGAAGGCGGCAAAUGUGCAAGAAAGAACUAAUAAAGAAACACAACUGAGGGAAGAUGCACUGCGGGAAGAAUUUUCUAGCCAUUUGGUUGUUAAGGAAGAUGAAAUAAAGGAAAAGAACAGGAGAAUUGAGUAUGCGGAGCAGUGUUUGACUGCUUUAAAUUUGGAGCUAAAGGCUGCUGAGUCAAAAAUGAAGAGUUAUGGCACUGAAAUAUCAUCCCUGAAGCUUGAAAUUAAAGAGUUGGUUGAGAAGCUAGAGACUGCAAAUACUAAGGCCCAAUCUUAUGACAAAGAAGCUAGGAUUCUGGAACAAGAGAAGAUCCAUCUGGAGCAAAGGUAUCAAUCUGAGUUUGAGAGGUUUGCAGAAGUCCAGGAAAGGUGUAAUCAUGCUGAAAAAGAAUGUAAGAGGGCUACGGAAUUAGCUGAUAAAGCAAGAGCUGAUGCAGUAUCUGCUCAAAAGGAAAAAAAUGAGUUUCAGAAAUUGGCAAUGGAAAGAUUAGCCCAAAUUGAGAGGGCUCAGAGGCAUAUUGAAAGUUUGGACAGACAGAAAAAUAAUUUGGCUGGUGAACUUGAAAGAGUUCGUGUGUCGGAGUUGGAUGCUGUCUCGAAAGUUUCAUUACUAGAAGCUAGAGUAGAAGAAAGGGAGAAAGAAAUAGAGUCACUUUUGAAAUCAAACAAUGAGGAGAGGGCUAGCACAGUUAAAGCACUUCAAGAUCUUCUGGAAGAUGAACGUAAAGCCCACAGUGUUGCAAAUAAGAGAGCCGAAGACUUCUCUCUUCAGUUGGAAGUGGCACGGGCUAAACUCGAUGCCCUUCAACAGGAGUUUACUUCAGUUCGUCUGAAUGAAUCAGCAUUGGAUAAUAAGCUUAAGGCUGCUUCCCAUGGCAAACGAUUUAGAACUGAUAAUGUUGAAAUGGGUGGAGGAUCUGUUCAAGACGCUGUCACAAAUGACAGGAGAGUAAAUAAGAGGUCUAGGAGUACAACCAGCCCUGUAAUGUUUACACAGCCAGAAGAUGGUGGUUCAGUGUUUAAGGGGGAUGAUGAUGAUAAUCAGAGUCAGCAAACUGGCCAGGAAGAUUAUAAAAAGUUUACUGCUCAGAAGCUAAGGCAGGAACUCACAAAACACAAUUUUGGUGCCGAGCUCCUUCAGUUGCGAAACAACAACAAGAAAGACGUCCUUGCUUUAUAUGAGAAAUGUGUUCUUCGGAAGUCAUGAGAGUUUCAUUAUCGACAUGUACAGGGGUGGUUUGUGUAGUUUAAUAGGAGUGUUAGCGAAUAGAAUAGAGGUGUUUUAUGCUCUAAAUCGGUUGAUUAUCUGUAGAUUCUCCUAGUUUUGGUACCAAAUACCAAGUUAGAAAAAAUAUUUUGCUGGAACGAACGGGGCUUGUUCAUGCCGCAUUGAGGGUGAGGUUUAUGGUUUUUUUUUUGUUUUUCUUGGUCUUUUGAAUCUAAACCCCCGUAAGAUAUAUUUAUUUGAGUUCGCUUACGGUGGGCCAACCUGAUCCGUAGUUGGGGUUCCUGGAGUCUGGACAGCUUGCAUGUAACCACUGUCGCCCUGUUAGCUCUAGGAUAGAAGAUUAUGGAGUGAACUUUAUUAUGGUUUCAGUCUUAUUUUGAUGUUCUUAAGUUUACUUGUGUGCAUAA